UCCCGGUAGCUCUUAUAAAUCACAUCAAAUUGGUUAUCCUUUCCACAUCCUUCUCCUUGGAAAAGAAGGUGUAACUGCAUUUUAAGUCGUUAUGUCUGGACGCGGAAAGCAGGGAGGCAAAGCUCGCGCCAAGGCCAAGUCGCGCUCGUCCCGCGCUGGCCUCCAGUUCCCAGUGGGCCGGGUGCACCGCUUGUUGCGCAAAGGCAACUACGCCGAGCGGGUGGGGGCCGGCGCGCCCGUCUACAUGGCCGCCGUGCUGGAGUACCUGACCGCGGAGAUCCUGGAGCUGGCGGGUAACGCGGCCCGGGACAACAAGAAGACGCGCAUCAUCCCUCGCCAUUUACAACUAGCCGUGAGAAAUGACGAAGAGCUCAACAAGUUACUCGGGGGUGUCACCAUUGCACAGGGUGGCGUCUUGCCCAAUAUCCAGGCUGUCUUGUUACCCAAAAAAACGGAGAGUCAUAAGCCUGGCAAGAACAAGUGAUUAGGAGGCUUGACGCCAUCCCCAUUAACCCCAAAGGCUCUUUUAAGA